GAACAUAGGAAGAACAUCAGUUUCGCAAAAAAUGAUGUAAUGAGUGACUGCACGUCUCUGCCAUCACUGAUGAUACAAGAAGACUAGUGGCUGGACGAAGUGAAAGAAUCGGUAAUGUGCGCUAUUCUCUAUUCAGUGUUUCUGCUGGAGCUUUGCCACCUGAACUUGCGAUUUAAUGUUUCUCGUGAAUGCGGUGAUAUGAGUGCGAGGUGUGCACCGUAACCGGCGUAAAACGGAAGCUUAAGAUGAUCCUGCUUUAUUUCCUAAUCCUGUCAACUGUAUCCUUGGUGAACUCGUCCCCUGUGAGUUACCAAUACGUAAGUUUCGUCCGAAACGGCCGAACUAGGUCCUCAACGGACUUACCGGGCCGAAGAUCCCGAAGUUUCAGUUUUGAAAACAAGCAAUUUUUUGCGCAAAAUCAUUACUGGAAUGAUGGGGAUUUUCACCCACAUUCGAAUGCCCUAGCGUUUGAGGAACACCGAGGGCAUUUCACGCCCGAUUUUAGCGAUGGUUUAGAGUAUCCAGAUCCGUUUCUCUUGACCGGAAGAGCGGCAAAGUUAGCGGCUUCGUAUUUGUACAGGAAACCCUUAUUUUUUGAGGAGAUUAACCACCUUGACGCCCUUUUGUACAACCAGGAGCAAAGGAGGCGCAGUGGCUUGGCCGGGAAUAAACUGGGGUCGCUGCGGACGCAAUUGCCCUUCUAUAGGUUUAAGUAACGUUGUAAAUUAUUAAUAAAACGGUUUAAA